AGCUUGCGACAGACAUCGCCGCUUCACCAGUGGAUCUUGCGCUGUGCAAUGCCGACUUAAGUUCGCGACGGCGUGAGGAAUGGCGCGCCAGCAGCCAGUAAAGCGCGCUCGGGUAGAAGAAGGUGCCGUUGGUGCGGCUGCCUCGCUGGCAGGCCCACCUGGCUCUGGCACGCCCGCCGCUGGCUUGCCCCGCGAGCUUCUGCAGGCAAUCUGCCGCCAGGCUCCCCCGCACCAGCGCGGCCCCUUGCGGCUGGUGUGCCGCCACUGGUCCGACGCGCUUGCGGACGACGUAGCUUCGCUGCAGCUGCCGCUGGCGGCGCUGGCGCCGCCGCCACGCUGGCAAGACGAGCUAUUCGGCCCGGCGGCGGCGCCUGGCGGUGGCGGCGGGGGGCUAGGGGCCGGCGUGGCAGGGGAUGCGUGCGGCGGGCUGCCGCCGGCGCGCGUGGCGGCGCUGCGGCGGCUGCGGGCGCGGUUCCCGGCGGCUCGGCACCUGGUGCUGCUACACAACACGCCGCUGGGGCCGGAGGCAGUGCAGGACGCGCUGUUGAACAUCCGCCUCCUAGCCGGGCCACCCGCGGGGCCGCCGGGGGCCGACCCUCCCCCUCAGUCCUCCGGGGCGGCUGCAACAGCGGCUGUAGCAGGGGCGGCAGCAGCAGGGACGGCAGCAGCACUGGGGGCGGCGGCGGCGGCAGCGGCAGCGGUAGUUGCGGCGGCGCCGCCGCCGCCGCUGCAGCACAUCGAGCUGCGGGACAGCAUGUGCUGGCGGCAGCCGUUGCCGCUGGGUGCGCUGGCGGCGGCGGCGAAGGCGGCGGCGGUGGCGGAGGUGUCGCUGACAAUGCUGGGGUCGCCGGACAUGGGGCGGGUGGAGCGGCGCUGGUUCAGUCGCGAGGUAGAGCGGCUGGCGCUGCCGGGCUGGUGCCCGCAGCGGCUGCGGGUGCGCUGGCAGAUGGGCGAGGCGCCACGCACCUUCUUCACCACACGCGGCUUCACGCGGUGGGCCAACGCGGUGGUGGAGCUGGCGCCGAACCAGCUGGGGUGCAUGGAGCACCUGGAGUUGGCCUGGGGCGAGCUCUCGGACGGCGUCUUCGCCCGCUUGCAGCCACUGCCGCUGCCGGCGCCGCCCCUGCUGCCCCCGCCCGCCGCCGCCGCCGCCGCCGCCAGUUCCGCCGCCGCCGCCGUCGAGGAGGACUACCCCGACCCGGGGCCGGGCCCGAGCACCGCGCCGCCGCCGCCGCCGCCAACCGCCGCCGCCGCCGCCGCCGCCCAACCGCCGCCGCCCAACCGCCUCGCGCCGGCCAUGGUGCCGUGGUUGCAGGGGCCUUACGAUCCUGAGGUCACGGGGUUCGGGGGCGCGUACGCCGCAAUGCGGGACCCGGGAGCAGCGGCGGCGGCGGCGGCGGUUGGGAUGGCGGCGGGUAUGGCAGCGGGUAUGGCGGAGGCUGUGGAGGCGCAGGCGGCGGCGACGGUGGCGGCGGCGGCGGCGGCGGCGGGGCGCGGCGGCGGCGGCGGUGGUGGUGUGGGUGCGGCGGGCGAGGUGGCGUUCAGUGCGGCAGUGGCGGGGCAGGAGGUGGAGGAGGAGGACGCCACCAUGGGGGGACCGGUCGGGGCCAUGGGCUGGACGGAGCUACUGCCGGCGGAGCGCUCCGUGGCGUGUGCGGGGCUGAGGGGGCUACAGCCGGCAGUAGCAGCGGCGGCGGCGGCAGUAGCAGCGGCAGGCGGGGGUGGUGGCGGCGACACGCGGCCACUGGGUUUGCCGCUGUCGCUGUGCGCGUUCACCAACCUCAAGAGCGUCACGCUGUGUGUGAUGGCCAGCCGCGCCCCCGCCGACCACCUACUGCGACUGCUGCUGCGCUGCCGCCGCCUGGACAAGCUCAGCCUGGUGCACCACGAGGCGGCAGAGACCUGGCCCGCACGCGGCACGCCACCGCCGCUGCAGCUGGAGGCGGCGCUGCAGGCCGUGGUGGCGGAGGAGCUGGGUACCGCAGCCGGCGCAGCAGCCGGCGCAGCAGGCGGCGCAGCCAUCGGCGUAGGCGGCCUGGCAGCCGCCGCUGACGCCGCCAGUCGCGAAGCCGCGGCCGCCCGCAUCGGCGGCAUCAGCAUUGGCGGCGGCGGCGGCGGCGGCUGGUGGCCGCCUGGUCUGGUGCUGCCACUGCGCGAGCUGCACCUGCCUGCCACCGCGGCGCUGCUGCAGCUGCUGCACCUGCCGCCGCCCGCACUGGGGCGGCUGGAGGUGCUGGACCUGCAGAUGAUCGUGGCGGGACUGGGCACCUCCUCCAGACCCCUUGCCAGCUCGGCCCGGGUGGCGGCGGCGCUCAAGGCCGCCGCCUGCAGCGGCGCGCGCCUCAAGGACCUGUUCCUGAACAACGCCGACCUCAGCCCCGCGCUUCUGGACACCGUGUGCGACACCACAAGCCUGGAGCAGCUGCUGCUGUUCUGGGGGGUGCUAGUGCCGCACGACAGCGACGAAGCCGACGACCUGGUGCCGAGCGACGACGAGGACGGCGGCGGCGACGAUGACGAUGAAGAUGACAACGACGGCGAUGAAGAUGAAGAUGAAGAAGAAGCGGAUGAGCACUUCUUCGACGCGCUGUUCGCGAACGUCGGUGUCCAGGGCGGCGGGCAGGGCCCGGGGCAUGACGGCAGCGGGAGCAGCAGUGAGGAAGGCAGCAGCGAGAGCGACGGCGAGGGCGGCGGUGGUGGCAGCGGCGCAAUGGGCGGCGAGGAGGAUGGUGCCGCCGGUGACGGGCCUGGGGCCCACUUGCCCUUCUUCCGCUUCGACAUGUCCCGCGUGCGCGACGCGUGGAAUGCAGCUGCCGCGGAUGCGGGCAUUGGCAGGAAGAGGCCACGCGGCGUCGGCGGCGGCGGCGACGGCGGCGGCGACAGUGACAGCAAGCAAGAAGGCUUAGAGCCCAUCAGCGAAGGCGACGGCGCCGCCGGGGCCGCUGCCGGCGCCGCCGCCGCCCCACCGGCAAAGCCGCCCGCGAAUGGAGCUGCAGCCGCCGCCGCAGGCCCCAGCGCCGCAGCCGCCGCCGGACCACGCGCGCCUGGGGGCUCCGCCGCAGCGGGCCCUUCAGGCGCAGCACCACAACCACUAGCACCACCACCACAACCACCAGCAUCAGCAGCGACUGGGCCCGUGUCCUUGUCGGGCGGUACCGCCGGCACCGCCGCCGCCUCUGCCGCCGCCGCCUCUGCCGCGCCCGGCGAGUUAGUUCCCGAGAUGCAGCGGGCGGUGCGGAACGCGCUGGCGGCCUGCACGGGCGUGUUCAGGGGGCGCGGCCAAGAGCCCGGAGCGCCCUUUGUGGCCGGCGCCCACAGCGCCCUGUCGCGGCUGGGGCCUGGCGGCGGCGGCGGCGGUGGCGGCGGCGGCGGCGGCAGCGGCAGCGGCGGCGGCAGCGGCAGCGGCGGCGGCGCGGCGGGUGCGGCCAGCGCUGGACCGGGCGCAGGCAGCGGUGUGGCUGGCGUGGGCGGAAUGGCAAGGAGUAUCAAUGGGAACCCGGGCUCGGCAGCGGACGCUUUGAUGGCGGCGGUGGCGGCUGCUUCUGAGGCGGCUGCUGGUGCUGGGGCUGCUGGGGCUGCUGGGGCUGCUGGGGCUGCUGGCGGCGCCCCGGAAGCGUCUUCGGGGGCUGCGGGCACGAGCACGGGAACGGCGGCGGCGGCGGGCGCGGCCAGAGGCGGCGGCGGCGGCAACGCAGGCUCUCGCGGUAUCUCGAAUACCGGCACACUCCUUGACGUGUUACACGAACUAGACGAGGAGGUGUCACGGAUGCUGGGUCCCGUGCCGCCGCCGCCGCCGCCGCCGCCGCCGGCAGACAUCCUGCCGCUAAUUCCGCCGCUACCGCCGCCAGGGGUGCUGCCGCCGCCGCCAGGACUGCUGGCCGCGGCGCCGCCGCCCUGGCCCGGCGGCGGCGGCGGUCUCGCCAAUGACUUGGGCGGCGUGUUCGGCGGCUGGAUGGCCAUCGACGGCGCGUUGGCGCGGCUGCAAGCGGACAGCCGCGGCGGCGACGUCGGCGUCGCGCAGCAGCGGCUGAGGCAGCUGGGAGCCAGCUGUCUGCAGCAGCUAGAGGCUAUGACGUCAGCAGCCGGUGGCGGCGGAGGCGGACGCGGACGCGGAGGCGGUGGCGGUGGCGGAGGCAGAGGUGGGGGCGGCGCCGCCGCCAGGCGUCAGGCAGCGGCGGAGACCGCUGUGGCCGCGGCCGCGGCGGAGGCCAUGGUGGCAGAGGUGCCGCAGCCGGUAGGCGCAGUGGCAGUGGCAGCGGCGGCGGCGGCGGCGGCGGCGGCGGCGGCAACAGGCGCAGGACCCGGCGGCGCGCCGGCUUGCGGGGCCGCUGGAGGGGAGGUGCCCGGGGAAGCACCGCGGCGUGACGGCUGCGACGGCGACGGCCGCAGCGGUCAGGGUGUCGAUAGCGAUGACGGUGACGCGGAGGGCGAUGGCGAGGACGAUGAGUGGGGCGCCGCCGCGCCAGACGAGAUUGCGGCGUUGCUGGCCACCGCCGUCGCAUCCCUGGCAAGCCUGCUCGGCACCGCCGUCACGCCGCCGCCGCCGCCGCCGCCGCCGGCGGCGCCGCCGGCGUCAUCCGCGGCCGGCGCCGCCGAGGCGCAGCGCCAGCUGGCGGCGGAGCUGGCGGCGGCGCGGGAGGCGGCGGCGCAGGCGCUGCCGCCACCUGAGGAGCUGGACCUGGUGCGGCUGGCGCAGGCCGCGAGCCAGGCGCUGGCGGCGCAGCAGAGGGUGGCGGCGGCGCUGGAGCAGCAGCUGGCGGCGCAGCGGCACGCGGCGGCGGGGCAGUCGCCGCUGGCAGGGGUGCUGGCGGAGGCGUAUUGCCUGGCGGCGGCGCUGGUGGAGCUGGUGGCGGCGGGCGGCGGCAACGGCGCGCCGCAGGGUGGUGGUCCUGGCGCAGCAGGAGGCGCGGCAGGCGGCGCGGCAGGGGGUGCCGCCGGCAGGGGAGCGACCGGUGCCAUUGCAGGCGCAGCGGCUGGAGGGCAGGGGCCGGCCGCCGCCGGCGGAGACGGAGGCGCCGCCGGUAGCCGCCGAGGUGCCGGCGCCGGCGGCUCCAGUGCCCCCACCAGUGCCCACGGCGCCGGCGGCGGAGCUUCCGGGCCCGCCUCCACCUCAGGCGCAGCGCCCCAGCCCGGCGCCGCCUCAGCCGCCGCGUCAGCCGCCGCGUCUGCCGCCGCGUCUGCCGGCGGCGGCACCACACGGCGGCGCCGCCGCGGCGGCGCCUUCCAGGCGCCGCCGCUGCCGCCUCUGCCUGCAGGCGCAGAUGCCGUGGCGGUUGCCGCGCAGGCGGCGGCGGCGCUGCUGCGCGCCGCCGCGCCGUGGCUGCGGCGGCAGUUGGUGCGCCUGGCGGCGCCGCAGCCGCACACGCUGGCGGCGCUGACCAGUGGGGCGAUGGCGGGCACGGCGGCGGCGGGCGAGGCGGUGCGGGUGCUGGAGGCGCGGGCGCAGCUGGCGGAGACGGUGGAAGCGCUGCUGGCGGUGGCGGAGGCGGAGGCGGGGGCGGGGGCUGGUGCUGGUGGUUCACUUGACGGGUCAGCGGCUGCGGCCACAGGAGGGGCAGCGGGCGCGGGACCGCACGGCAGCGCCGCUGCCGCCCCUUCCAAACCAGCCCGCGCCGCAGCCGCACCCACAGCCACAGCCGCGGCCGCGCCCGGGCCCUUCCCUUUGGAGCCGGAGGCGGCGCUGGCGGCUGCCCGAGCGCGCUCCUCCGCGCUGUGGCUGCGGGCGGCUGCUGACGAGGGCGCGCUGGAGGCGCUGCACCUGGGCGGCCUCACGCGGCUGAGCCGGCUGCGGCGGCUGUGCCUGGACCUGGCGUCGGACGACCAGCCGCUGCCGGUGGCGGGUGCGGUGCGCCACCUGCUGCGCGCGCUGCCCUCCCUCGAGUCCCUGCACGUCACCGACCAGCACAGCGGCAGCGAGGACCUCAGCCUGGGCGUGCUGGGCCUGCUGGGCUGUAGCAGCGACGACACCGCCGGCAAUAGCAGUAGCAGCAGCGGCAGUAGCAGUGGCGGCAGCGGCAGUAGCAGCGGCCGGCUCAGCUUGGUCGGGCCGCCGCGCCAGCCGCCGGCCGCACUCAGUCGUCUGACCAGCCUCACCCUGGGCUGCCGCACACAGCUGCGAGUCAGCCGCCCCUACGCCGCCGACGGCGACGGAAACAUGCUGCCGCCCUUUGCGCCGCCGCGCCCGCCGCCGCCGCGCCGGGCGCCGCCGCCGCCGCCGCCGCCGCCUGGGCACAACGGCGCAGCUGGAGGCGCGGCCGCAGCCGGCGGCGGGCCGGCGGCGGCGGCGGCCGGCGGCGGUGGUGCGGGUGCUGCUGGUGCUGCUGGUGCCGAUGCCGGGGCCGGUGGUGCAAACGGCGGCGGCGGUGUGGGGCUGACGGCGGCGGCGCAGGACCUGCUUCAAGGGCUGGGCGCGGAGGACUGGCAUGCGGGCGUGGCGGCUGCCCUGCCCGGCAUGCCGACGCUGCCCAACUUCCCCCCGCCCCACCACCCCCACCACCUUCACCACCAGCCCCCGCCCUUCAACUACGCGAUGGCAAACGCCUUUAUGGCGCCCUUGCUGCCCUUCCCCGAAUUCCCCGCCGGCGACGGCCUGGGUGGCAUGGGCGGCGGCCUAGGUGUCGGCAUGGGCGGCGGCAUGGGCGGUGGUAUGGGUGGUAUGGGCGGCGGCCCGCACGGCUACCUGCCCGCCUUCCCCGACUGGCUGGGCGGUAUGGGCGGCGGCGGCCACCGGCUGGGCGGCACGGACCGCGCCGCCCAGGGCGCCGCCGCCGCCGCCACCGACCUGGCCGUGCACUGCGCCGCACUGCCCAGGGGCCUGCGCGCUUUGUGCCUCCAUCGCAUGCGCUUGGUAGCCGACCCCCACCACAGCGCCGCAGGCGCCGCCGAGCCCGCCGCCUCGCACACACAGCCGGCGCCGCCGGCGCUGCCGCGCUCGGCCCCUGCGCUGCCGCCGCUGCUGCAGCACGUGUGGCUGAGCAACGUGACGCUGACUGCGCCGCUGGACCUGGCGGCGCUGCUGCGGGGCGCGCUGGCGGCGGCGCCGCUCAGCGGCGGCCUGCAGACGCUGGUCAUACGGCACUGCUUCGUGGUGAGGCAGCAGCAACACCCGCCGCACGCAGCGCACGGGCCGGCGGCGCCGCAGGCGCAGGCCGCCCUGAGGCUAGCCGCAGGGGCGGGGCCGGCGGCCGCGGCAGCGGCUGGCGGCGCCAGUGAUGAGUCGGAGCGUGUUCUCCGCGGGCUGGCGGCGGCGGCGGCCACACUGAGGGAGGUGCACAACGGCGCCUCCAGUCGGCGGAGGGCGCUGGUGAACGCCUUUGAUGGCCUCAUGCUCAACCUGGGCGGGGGAGCGGGAGGAGGAGGGGGAGGAGGGGGAGCAGCAGGCGACAUCGAUGACCACGUGCCGGGGGACCUGGUUGCCCACAUCAACGGCGGCGGCGGCGGUGGGGCGGCGGGAGGAGGACCGGGCGCAGGGGCCGGUGGCGGCGGCGGCGGCGGUGGUGCGAACGGCGCGGCGGCGGCCGUGGGCGGCGGAGCCGCAGCCGCACCCGGAGGUGGUGGCGGCGCUGGCGGCAUGGGGCGGGUGUUGGGGGACCUGGGUCCGCGCUUGCGGGCUGCGGCCGUCACCACGGGCGCCGCGGUGGCGGCGGUGCGUGCGGCUGUGGGCGGCGGGCGGGCGGCGGUACGGCUGGUGCUGAGCGACUCCGAGCUGGAGCUGCUGUGCCAGAUCAAGUCUCUGCGGCUGCUGGGUCUGGACGGCUGUUUGCGGCUGGAGGACGUCCCCCGUCUGGCGGCCCUGGGCCCCGGCCUGCGCGGCCUGGCGCUGUGCCCCAACGUGGCAGCCAGCCAGGAGGCGCGCGCGCGGCUGGAGCUGGAGGUGACGGCGCGGUGCAGCCCCAGCCUGCAGGCGGUGCUCAUGCGGCUGGCGCCGCUGCGCGGGCUGCGCGGCGUGUGGCUGCCGGAGUGGGCGGGCAGCCGCGAGCAGCUGCUGAGCUGGCAGGCGCAGCUGGCGGCGGCGGGGCCGGCGCUGGUGGCGGUGCGGGUGAUGCACGCGGAUAACCUGUGGCGUCUGAGUACACCCGCGGGCUGUCCUGACGUGGAGGACUCGCUCGAGUGGUGGCAGGCGGGGGUCUGGAACACCAUCUGAAGCGUUGUGGCUGUGUGGUUUUGGGGCGGGGGGGGAGUUACGGUAGCUUGAGGAUACCCAGAAAGGAAGGGAAGGAAGAUGGCGACGCAACAGGUUGUUGUUUUCGUUGGUUGGCGAGGGGGGUAGGGCGUCCAUGCAAGGCGGGAAGGGAGGGCCCCGGACGGUGGAUGGUGGAAUCUGGGGGACGGCGAGGAAAGGAUUUAACAGGGGCGAGCCGCUGAGGGUGUGGUACUGUAGUGUGAGCGGGUGCGGUGGUUGUUCAUCUGGACGUCUGCUCUCCGAGCGCGCGGGGCAUGUGGCAUGCCAUACGGACGCAUCGGGAAGGCAAGGGAGCGGCCAUGGAUGUGCCGGUGCUAACCGGAUGGCUGGAACUGGGAGGUGUGACGCUCCGCGAGUGCGGGGCCUGGACUGAAGUUUGGCAUGUUGGGGAGAGAGGUGGAGACCCGGGGGCCACUGACCCCUCCGCCCGAGGUGCAGGGGGGAUGGAGGGCUGGCCUGGUGCUGUCACUCGCAGGGGUUUAAGAGCUCGGGGCUUCCGUGCCUCAACUGGUGUGGUGACGUUGCGCGCGUGCCGCUGCAAACGGCGACCGCCACGUGGCAUGAAGUCUCGAGCAUCAUUUCGUGA